AUGGAUCCUCUAGACGAAUUCAAACUGGCUGCGGCGCUAUUCAUCUGGGCGCUGGCGCUCGUAGGCGGCAUUGCGCCGUUGCUGAGCAGCCAGCGUGUGAGCAAACGCGCCAGUAGCGUGCUCAACAUGGUGGCGGCCGGCAUCUUCCUCGCCAGCUCGUGCGUGCACCUCCUCCCGGACGCGCAGAACAACGCGGCGCUCACCGAGUGGGGUUGCGAACACACGGCCGAGGUUUUCUUAGCCGUGCGUACGCGCUACGACGGUGACAACAAGCGCUGCUUCAAAUGGGCCAACUUUUUUUACGGUUGCGGCUUCCUCAUGGUGCUGCUCAUUGAAGUGCUCGCACACACGCUGCAACGGCACUACAGAAGGGUGCAAAAUGGGCACGAACGCGACGAGCUGCUCUCAGUCAAUGUUACGCGUGUGACCGAUGUGGGCAAUCUAGCCAAAACUAAUGGUCACUCCCACGGCUACUUGCACGGCCAACUGGAGACUGAAGACUACGGCACCCAAGGAGCGAGUAGUGAGCUAAUCCUCCACGCGGAACACGGAACGGAGGAGCCACACUCGCACAUCCACGGCAUUGUCAAGGGCAAUCCUAUUCUGGCGCUCGUUUUGUUUAUCGCUCUGUCAUUCCACUCUGUAAUGGAAGGCAUGGGCAUGGGAGCCUCGACUAGUCCGGCCUGGGAUAUCCUCGUCGCUAUCUUAGCUCACAAAUCACUUGCCGCGUUCGCGCUUGCGCUCGAGUUCAUUCACCAUAAGGUCUCACGGAAGCAGCUGUUGGUCUCUGUUGCGGUUUUCUCGCUCAUGACGCCCACGGGCAUUUUGUUCGGUCGAUUGCUGGUGGAUACUAACCAUGCGACGCCGGCUGGAGGUGUAUGUGCUGCAUUUGCUGGCGGCACCUUCCUGUUCGUUGCCAUCAUGGAAAUCAUUCCCCAAGAGCUGCAGGACCCUCGAUACCAGAUCGAGAAAUGCUCUGCUCUACUUGCCGGAUACGGGGCCAUGGGAGUGCUUUCCCUCUGGACGUAA